GAGACUUUAACAGAAAAAUAUGGUGAAGAUAGCAAAUUAAUUUAUGAUCUUGCUGAUCAGGGUGGUGAAAUUUUAUCAUUACGUUAUGAUCUAACUGUUCCUUUUGCACGAUUUCUUGCUAUGAAUAAAAUUACAAAUUUUAAACGCUAUCAUAUUGGAAAAGUGUAUAGAAGAGAUAAACCAUACAUGACUAAAGGAAGAUAUCGAGAAUUUUAUCAAUGUGAUUUUGAUAUUGCUGGUCAGUAUGAUUUAAUGCUUCCUGAUGCAGAAUGUGUUCGAAUAGUUGUUGAAAUUUUGUCUAGUUUGGAUAUUGGCAGUUUUUUGGUCAAGGUAAAUCAUCGCCAAAUACUUGAUGGUAUAUUUGAAGUUUGUGGUGUUCNGUUGGCGUGUUAUUUAUUCCCUUGA